AUGGCAAACCCACGGGGUAAUCAUGACGAUUUGCAUGAUGAUGAUCCAUAUCGGCGCCCUACGCUUGCUUACUAUUGGGAACAAGUGACAGUCUACACAGGAAGCUCGCAUGUGCGAUACAAGUGCUAUAUGAACGAGCUGGACACCUUGACUGCUGAGCAGGUAUAUUGGUUGCCUUAUGUGGAAGAUCGUGACUUUGAUCUUAAUGAGAUGUGCACGCGUGAUAGCCAUCUUUGGCGGGCGAGGUGCCCAAUGAUAUGCUUCUUCGCAGUCGAGUGGCACUUUGUAGACCGUGUGGCAAGACAAUUUGGAAGAAGACAAGGUAUUCCAAUUGAGGAGAGCAAGGAGGAAAUGCUAUCUCUGCAUCGGUUCGAUCGAAGGAACAAUCAGGAUAUAUCGGAUUGGGCAAACAAACACCGUGCGUGGAUAGAAAUUUGGAAUCAAAGAGAUACCUGA